AUGGCUCCAGCUUCCAACGAAGAACAAUUCAAGUUCCUUAUUAGCUGUAUUCGAUACAGUAACAAUGGAAAGGUAGACUUCGGCCAAGUAGCUAAAGAAUGCAAGAUCGUCACCAAAGGCGCCGCCGCAAAACGCUACGAACGCAUGAUGCGCUCCCACGGCAUCGCACCCAACGCUGCAUCCAUCAAACCCGCGCCCGGUCCCUCCUCCACCCUCAACUCGAACAUCUCCGCUCCCACCUCCGCACCGCGCGGCAAGUCUACCGGUAAGAAGCGCAAGUUUUCCAACGAAGAUGAGAAUGCGGAUGAUGAGGAGGACUCUUCUUCUGGUCAGGGCCCGAGCAGAAAUAAAGUCAAGAGAGAGGUGAAGAGCGAGAUGAGUGCGAGGAAUGCGAUUAAGGAGGAGAUGUAUCGAGAAGAUUCUCCAAGCGCGCAGUUGAGAGAGGGAAUGCAGAUGGGGUUGGGAGCUGGAUUGUGUGAUGUCAAUAGGGAGUUGGUGGAUUAUUAUAGUGGAGGGAGCAGUGCGGCAGGGAGUGUUAGUGGAGAGGGGGGCGAGUUUGAGUUUGGUGAUGGGGAGGGGUAUGCAAGUGAUAUGGUUGCGGGUGGCAUGAGCGCUACUGGUGCGGGCUCCGGUGCUUUGAAUACGUAUGGUCAGCCGCAGAGUGGAUAUAGUUUCAAUACGGGUGGAUAUGGUGGAAUGAUGAGCGGUCACGGUAUGAUGGGAAGCGGAACUGGUAUGGGUGGUCACGGUGGACAGAAUAUGACGGCAUCUAGAAGUCAUGCUGCAGGAUCAAAUGGAAUGGGUAUGGGUGCGCAGCAGUAUCGGUCUAUUGGACAAGCUUAUGAUAGCGAAGGCGGUUCGGAGAGUUCUUUGUUGGUUGAAUAG